AUGGUGCCCCCUGGAAGAAAACAUACCAGGAAAUCUGGGAAGACAUCCAUGGAGGAUCAGGUUAUAAGAGCCUGUGGCUUUGAGAAAGCAGAUAAACACCUGAGUGGUUCAGAGGAGGAUGUCAUCCAAGGGAAGACUCCAGUACUUGAUAAACAUGGGAAGAAAAGGACUUCUCCAGGAAUCGUUGAAGACGUGGGGGGUGAAGUACAGAAUAUGCUGGAAAGAUUUGGAGCUGAUAUUAACAAGGCUCUUCUUGCCAAGAAAAAAAGACUAGAAAUGUAUACCAAGGCUUCUCUCAAAACCAGUAACCAGAAAAUUGAAAACAUUUGGAAAACCCAACAGGAGCAAAGGCAGAAGCUUAACCAAGAAUAUUCUCAGCAGUUUCUGACUUUGUUCCAGCAGUGGGAUAUAGAUGUGCAGAAAGCUGAUGAACAAGAAGAAAAACUAGCUAAUAUGUUUCGACAGCAACAGAAAGUUUUUCAACAGUCUAGAAUUGUUCAGAACCAGAGACUGAAAACAAUUAAACAAUUAUAUGAGCAGUUCAUAAAGUCUUAUUCUUUUGCCAACUAA